AUGAAGUCUUCCAUUGCUUUCAUCUCUUCAUGUGCCUUUUUGUUUAUUUUAGCUGUCCUGAUUGCGCUUGUCCUGCAAUGUACAAACCCCCCUCGUCUCGAAGCACGUCAUCCAUCUCUCCCGCCUGUGGGUGUAAGAAAGCGGGAUGACCAGGUGAAUGCCGUACAAUAUCCAGCUCCUGCGCCUACUACUGAGACGUCACAGUUGCCGACGAAUCCCCUUAACCGCGCUCAACCAGCGGCUUCAAUGUCGUCUCAGACGCUAAGCAUGGAUCCUUUCGAGAAUGAUACUACUAAACAGCCAUUUGUGCAGUCAUCCUACGGACAGUUGCCGCAGCCAACAGUAGACGCGACAGCUCCUAUUCUACAACCUGUGGCGGAGACAGGAAGGUACAAGAAAACUAGGUCUCGUGCUUUGCCGCAACCGCCUGUGCCAUCGCGAUCAGAUCAUGGCUCGCACCAGGGGUAUUAUGCUAAUGGUACCAGUGCGUACAAUAACGCGAGUGCGACAGGAUACAGCGAUGUUGGCAAUGUUUAUAACCAGCAAGGGUAUGGAUAUGGAUAUGGAUAUGGAUAUGGAACAGGAACGGGGGCAUCGACCGGUUACACUCACGUUCCCAAUUAUGCAUACCCAUACGAAGGUAUGUACCAAGAUGCAUCAUCGCCUUUCAAUGCAUAUGAAGUUUCAGCGCCAGUCAGAGGCCAGGCUUCAUAUCAAUCGCAUGGAUAUGUUCCACUUCCCGUACCUUCAGCCUCUCAACCUUACGGAAAUUACCAAGAUCCAAACACAUUUAACUCGGUCUCUCCUAGCCAGCAUUGGUCAUCAAAAUAUAAUGACUAUUCACAUCAUCGACCAUUAGCAAGACAUGCAAGCCAAGCAUCUUCAGGCAAGAAUUCACAUUUGAGUCGUGUGGACAGUGUAGGCGCGGGUGAUUAUCGCAGACACAGCCAACGCCGGCGUAACCGGAAGUCGGAGGCUGAUACCACUCUGGAGAAGUCUCAGCCCAGAAAAAGCUUUGCUGACACCACUGGGAAUAAACAAGCACCUACACCGUAUUCGUAUGACCCGGGCUUCUCUGUCGCGCCCAACGAAACCUUUGCUGUGAAUUACAGCUUCAAUGAAGACUCCCAUUAUCCUUUACGCGAUGAGUACAAGUAUUCUCAGCCUGAAUUGCUAUGGAACUCUGACUAUACAAACAAAGGUCACUACAAUUCCUACUACGAUGCGUACCCUAACAAAUACCAACAUCGAUACGAUCCUUUCUAA